CGUCAUCGCAACGCGUCCCACCAAAGCACGAGAAUCGACUAGACUUCGUAGCUAGUUCGUUGUCAAUGUUGUGACUUCUUCAUAGCGCGACAGGUCCGCGGAAAAUCUUCUGAAAUGGUGCUCUGAAACAUAAACAAGUGGUUGUUCACAUGCUCAAAAAACAGUCCCAGUUGUGUUAGUGAAGUUAGUGUUUUUUUGUGGCAACAAUAUUAGGUCAUCUAAACAGGAUUCACAAUGCGAGAUUUGACACGAACCAACAGCAUCUGUCCACCACCAGAGACUGUUCUUUUGGAAAGCGUGAAGAAAAAUGAUGUAGAAACAGUAAAAGGACUAAUUAACUCCAAUAAACAUCUCCUGACCUACGAGUACCCAUUUACUUCGAAAACAAUAUUAUUAACCGCUUGUACCGAAGCAGACGUUCAACCUUCAACUAUCCAAACGUUAAUAGAUCUUGGAGCAAAUCUGGAAGGGAACGCAGAUUGGAAACCUCUGCAUUUAGCUGUUCAAAAUCCAAAUAGUUCUACUCUAGAAGUUAUUCUUAAGAAUAUUGAUGCAGGGCAAAUAAAUGAUACUGUCGAAGGAAACACUGCACUACACAGUUUGGUUAAAGGGAAUGCCAUCAGAGAAAACGAAGAACAAUUUUGUAAAAACAUCGAGUUGCUUUUACAAGCUGGAAUUAAUAUUAAUCAAGGGGAUGGAAAGAACUUGUCUGCUAUAUUUUGGGCCGCCAAAAAUGAUUAUCAACAUGUUGUCAAGACAAUUUUGGAAACCAGUAUAUGCCAUGUAGACUUAGAUAGUCAUAAACUUAGAAAUAAAACUGCAAGAAUCCUUAUUAAAGAAAAAGGGUUAUAUAAUGGACCAUUGCCAGAGCGAAUUAUGUAUCAAAUUCCUAAAGACAAAAUAUUCUCAUUGAUUAAGUUGGCACAAGAAGAUGAAUUUAUCCGUUAUUUUAACACGUUAUCGUUGACAAAUCCUAGUGAUUUUAUUAAUUUGGAUGAUGGUACUUCAACUUUACUACAGUAUUGUUGUGAGAAAGGUUUAACAAAAAUUGCCAAGUAUCUCAUAGAGAGAGGUGCAAAAGUUAACAAAAUCAUAAAAAACCACGAUAAAACUCCUUUAGAACUGACUGCGGAAAACGGCUACUACGAAAUCCUGGAAAUGCUCGUAAAUCAAACGGACUUGGAAAUUCCUCCUAGCGUGUUUUGUUAUUUGCUAAAACACUCGGAUAAUGCAAAAUUUGACAAAAUCGAUCACGAAAGAUGUUGUCAAAUUAUAUUUAAAAAGUUGGAAUUAAAUAAAACCCUCAUGGAUGUCAACGGAGAAGACGAACUGAAGAAUACUCCCAUUCAUUAUUCUCUACGGUAUGCCGACGAAGCUACAACUGAAAAGUUACUCAAACUUGGAGCAUCUUUAGCUUGUAAGAAUAAUUUUGGAAUCAUGCCGAUUGAGGAUAUUAAACCAGAACUUCUGGAACGCCAUCUAGAUGAGUGCGUCAAAUUUAAUGUUAAGAAUAAGAAUGACGAAAAGCGGGACUUUGAAGUUGUUUUUGAUUAUCACAGUUUAAUUCCUCCUAGAAAUUACAAAAACAGUAAAUUUCAUGAAUCUGAUCCUGAAGAUGUGAGAAAUAAUAAUGAAGUAGUACCUGAAACUGAAGUAAUAGCAUAUAUGAGUAGAGCUCCUGAAUUUCGGGCUUUACUUAAACAUCCCGUUAUUGUUAGUUUUUUGUUUAUGAAAUGGCAUCGCAUUCGUUUAUUAUUUUACACAAACUUAUUAUUCUAUUUUAUGUUUGUGACAUCUUUAAUUUCGUAUAUUUUUACUUAUUAUGCAUAUUUUGAUAUCGAAAAACCUUCUGAUUUUGUCGUUGGGCUCAGUAAGUUAUCUUGGGUCACACUUAAUCUCACUUUCUGGCUUUUGGUUCUACGGGAAAUAUUUCAAAUGACCGUGUCGCCAACAAACUACUUCAAGAAUUUUGAAAAUUUCGUUGAAAUUGUCUUAAUGAUUAUAACGGGAAUGAUUUUGUAUAUUGAUGCACCUACCGCUGAUACAAGAAAACAGUUGGCUUCUAUAGCGAUUCUUUUGGCUGCCUUUGAGUUGGUACUGAUGGUGGGACAGCACCCCAAACUGUCUACAAAUGUUGUAAUGUUGAAAACUGUAUCAGUGAAUUUUUUCAAAUUGCUUUUGUGGUAUUCCCUGCUAAUUAUAGCGUUUGCUUUAAGCUUUUAUAUUCUUUUUGCUAAAUCAUCUGAAGUAUCUCCGAAUGUUAAUGGCACCACUACGGAUGAAGAAGAAGAAGAAGACUUAUUUACGGGCCCUGGAAAAUCUGUCUUCAAAACUAUUGUUAUGUUAACUGGCGAGUUUGAUGCUGGUUCUAUUAAUUUCCAUACGUACCCCAUAACUAGCAAACUUAUAUUUUCUCUUUUUGUUUUCAUGAUCACCAUCAUCCUUCUAAAUCUUCUUAAUGGUUUAGCCGUGAGUGAUACACAAACCAUAAAAAAUGAAGCCGAAUUAGUCGGCCAUAUAGCACGGGCCCAACAUAUUUAUUACGUCGAAAGCAUGUUACUUGGUAAUAUUUUACCUACAACACUGUUAAAAUGUGUACAAAGUUUAUUUUGCUGUUUCCCGUGCGAUAGAAAUACCACUUUUACAUUUUUAACACCAAUAGCCAGAAGAAUUUGUAUUUUUAGGGCUUCACAGAAUUGUCAGUUGAUCGUUUUCCCGAAUAAUCAUGGAAAAAUAUGUUACGAGUUUGAUGUGGCCUCGAAACGACCGCGAAAGUCGCUGGUUUCUUGUUCACGAAACUGCUCUGAUACGUAUCUUGAUAAAGAAACCGUUAAGAGAAUAAAUGCAAUCGUUAAAGUGAGACGCGACAAAAUAGAUGAAUCUGCCAUCAGCAAUAUAGAAAAAUUAUAUGCUGAAAUUGCUGCACUGAAAAUGAAAUUAGAUGAUUUCCUGAACACUUGUAUACAAAAUAAAAAUGAAUUUAAAUAAACAGAUUUAUGAAAUAUGAAACUAAUUUGACGUUAACAAAUGCAUAUAAAAAAUGUUGCCAUACAUGUUAGAUUUUUUAAGAGUUACUAUAUUGUGUACAUAAUUUAUUAAUUAAAACUAUCUAUUUAUUAUUGUAAGAAAUUUAAAAGCAACAAAACUAAAAGAGCAUAGUGUAAUUUUGUUAAUUGCAAAGAAUCGGUAAAUAUGCUUUUGAGCACAGAGUAAUAUAUCUAUAAAUAAGAACAAGGUGAGAGACUGAUAUUUUUACCAUUGUAGUUCACUCACAGUAAGAGAAGGGUAAAGUUUAUAAUAAGUUUAAUUUUUUUAUAUUUUAUUAAACCAUGUUAAGAAAUUAAAACUUGAUUUUUUUGUGAUAAUAUAAGUUUUUGAUGUAUCCUAUAUUAACAAAUACAUUUUAUUUUAUUCAUACUUGUAGAUAUUACACAUUAUGUGAUUACGAAAUACUUAACCUUAAUAAAUAUAAUUUGAUGUUUAACGCAAAACUUUGCAAUUUAGGACUAAAAUGUCACUUUUAAUUCCUAGCCCCCUGAAAAUAUCUAAACUAAAAUUAACUUACUGUAGUAACGGCCGUUAAACUAAAUAUCACUUAUAUACAUAGAUAUUUAGAUAAAUGAAUAAGAGUGGACAGUUUUUAGAAAUAAUUUAUUGUCUGUACAAUAACUACAUAUAUUUUUUACAAAGCUCUACAACAAAUGUUAAUAUUUUGUAUUUGUGUUGUAGUUUUUGCGACAUAGUUAUAUAGUCUGGAUUCGUAACCGUGCGGUGUGGUUUAUGUUAUGUCCGUUUUUAUAUCAGGUAACUAUUAGAACACUGCCAUCCUGGAUGUCAUCAGUAGUAGAUCAACCAAGAUGCAACUAUAACAACGGAAACAACAAUUUCUAAAGACUUACGCUGAGCGAAAAAAAAAACUAUUAUUAUGUGGCAAUUAAAAUGUACAAUCAUCUCGGUGAACCAAUAAAAAAAAUAAAAGAUUUGAAUAUAUUUUAAAAAGAGCUGUACAGAUUGUUACUGCAACUAGAGCCAUACAACUGGGACAAAUUUUAUGAUUACAAAUAUUUAACAUAACACUAAGCCACAAUUUGUUUUUAUUUUUUUAAUAAUACCCCCAUAUAUGUGUUAUAAAAAUGUCUGCGUUAUCUACUGCAAAUUAUACUUUGUCUUGUAAGUUUAUCAAUGUUAUUGAUAUUUAUUUAUCUGACGUUUCUUGCCCUGUUUUUAUAUGAUGUACCUGUGCAAGAAUAAAGACAUUUUAUUCUAUUCUUUUCUAAUGGACUUGGUUGCAAAUUGUGUGAAACUAUAACUUGUCGAGAAAAAAUACCGUUUCACAGGUAUGUCUUACUUUUUCGUUUAAUAUUUGCUUAAGCGGGAUUAACGAUUAUUCUUGGAUUGAUUUUAGAUCUCCUCAGAAACCUGAAUUAAAGAAACUGUGGACAGACUUUCUUUAUCUACACCUGGGAAAAUCUGUGCCCAUGCUAUGAACGGUACACAGAGAUAGACGGUGCUGAAAAUAGUUGACCUUAAAAUCUCAUUAAUUAAUAAAUCUUAUAAUAAAUGGUACCUAUAUGCACCGAAUAUUUUUUUUCUGAUGUGAGUCUCAAAAAUAAAUAUGUACUCGUAAAUUGAAAUCUGUUACAGAUCAAUGACUGAACACAUUUUAAAAUUACAUUAGCGAUCUGCCAAUGUGUAUAGGAGGAGGCAUGGUGCAAGAAAACAGAAGUCUUCUUGUACCAUGGGAGUCGGAACAAUCUGAGGGUGAAGAUGUGAACUAACUACAGGUGAUAUAAAAUACCUAGUUAAUUUACGAUGUCUGCAAGAUUUCCUUUUAAAUUUUAGUAUGUAAAAAAUUCUAACUCUCUAAUAAAAGGUGAAACUAGGAGAAAGUCUUUUUUUAUGAUUCGUUUUUUUUUAUAAUUCGUUUUGAGCAGCAAACCAGUUGAUGACUGCAGUGCAUAAAUUGAAAAAACUCACAAAUGUUUUAUCCAUUGCCGCAAUAUAAAAUGCAAAGUGUUCAAGUGUAGCAAUUAAAGUGCCAAAAACCACAUCUCCAUUGAAAACUUUAAAAUGGCACAAAAUUAAAACAGGACCUACGAUUCCACAAAAAUGUGCAAACAACAAACCUUACAGAAGUGGCGGAUUUUCCUAUGAGGUAUCCAAAAACAUACCGUAAACAGUUGUUUUAGGAGAUCGAAAUAGUGGAAAGCUAUUGUUGUUCAAAAGAACAACUUUGCAAAUUCUUCAUUUCAAGUAAAAUAAUGUCUAGGUCAUUAGCGCAGUUGACUCCUGAACUUGCAUCGAAAUAAUCUGUAGUAAAUAGUUUCCGAAACGCCCAUUGGAACUGUAUUGGUAUGGGAUUUACACAAUUUCGAAAUUGACGCCUCACGGAGCCAAAGAAAUUUUCCAGAUAAUCCUAACUUGGUCGCAGCAAUAUUUUAGUGAAAUUUGUAAACGAAUUGUAUUCUGUAAAAAUUAAUAAAAAUAAUAAGCAAGACGUUUGUGUUCCUGAA